UAAACAAGUCAAAGGAGAAAUCUUGGCUACCGGAAAAGAUUGGACUGAAGCCUGAAAGUAAGAAAAUGGACAAAGUAAUUCAAAAAAAGUUGCUGUGGCCUUGAGGGGUUCCCCCUCCACAUGUGUGGAAUGACUAAGCCAGAUAAGGAGGAGAAAGAAAAGGACUUGGAAUGUCAUGUUUAGUGAGUUCCUGCAAGCCAGUGCUGCAUGAGACUGUGAGCAAAGGGCCUGAAGGGUGAACAUUGCAGACAGCCUGGAGAAGGAAAGAAUGAACAAGAGCGUUCCAGCAGGAAAAGGAGAUUCAUCAGGACAUAAUGGGGCUUCUCUGGCAGCACAAACAGAUGCUGCGACUCUUGUGGACCUACAGGUUCAACAAUCACCAGCUCACUUCCCUUUGUACUCCACAGAAAACUUCCAUUAUAGCAUCCAAAUGGCGUUGGGUGCCACAUCCCUACCCCUACCACUCUGCCCUGACAUAAGGGCAACCACUGCUUCAUGUACACUGACCUGUGAAAGCCAUAGCUGCUAUAUGUAUAGAUGAUAUUAACAGUCUUCUUGAGCAACAAUGAACAGAUUUUGACAGAAGUUCCAAUUACACCAGAAACAACCUGUCGAGAUGUCGUGGAGUUCUGCAAAGAACCCGGCGAAGGAAGUUGCCAUCUGGCUGAAGUGUGGCGUGGAAAUGAACGCCAUAUACCCUUUGAUCACAUGAUGUAUGACCAUCUACAGAAGUGGGGACCCCGCAGGGAAGAAGUGAAAUUUUUUCUUCGGCAUGAGGAAUCUCCAGCUGAAAGCAAUGAACAGAGUGGGCGUCAGACCCAAAAUCAGAGAAAUGGAAUAAAUAUACCUGUGGAGAAACGUACAGAGAAUGGGGUUGGGAAUCCACGUGUUGAACUCACACUCUCAGAACUUCAAGAUAUGGCUGCCAGACAACAGCAGCAGAUUGAAAACCAACAGCAAAUGUUGGUUGCUAAGGAACAACGUUUACGUUAUCUGAAGCAGCAAGAACGCCGUCAGCAGCAGUCUAUUUCUGAGAGUGAAAAGCUUCAAAAACUUAAAGAACGGGUGGAGACCCAGGAGUCAAAGCUGAAAAAAAUACGUGCCAUGAGAGGACAAGUGGACUACAGCAAGAUCAUGAAUGGCAAUCUGUCUACUGAAAUUGAGCAUAUCAGUGCCAUGUUCCAGGAGAAGCAGCAGGAGUUACAAGCUGCAGUGUUAAAAGUGGAUCAGCUAACUCAGCAAUUGGAGGACUUAAGGAAAGGGAAAUUGAAUGGAUUCCAAUCUUAUAACGGACAGAUGACAGGACCUGCAGCUGUAGAAUUAAAAAAGUUGUACCAAGAACUACAGAUUCGUAAUAGGCUUAACCAGGAGCAGAACUCCAAGCUUCAGCAGCAGAAAGAACUUUUAAACAAACGUAACAUGGAAGUGGCUAUGAUGGACAAGCGUAUCAAUGAGCUGCGUGAGCGACUAUACAAGAAAAAAGUUGAGGCACGUCAAAAAGAAAACAUUCCUUUAAAUCGUAUUAAUGGAACAUCAUCGCCCCAAUCAUCUCUGACUGCUUCAGGAAGAGUUGCAGCAGUGGGGCCUUACAUCCAAGUUCCUAGCGCUGGCAGUUAUGCUGUACCAGUAGACCCAGUGAAACCACAGUCUCUCACCAUUGCUUCCACUGCGACUCAUGGGAGAUCAAAAUCUGAGACAGAUUAUGGGUGUGUGAAAAAAUCUCCAGGAACCUGGAAGAUUUCUGAUUUAGACAUAAUAGUGGAUCCUAUUCUGUCACCUCCCACUUCCUCUCUUCAGUCUGCUGUUCAAAGUGUCAUCUGCCUGGCACCUACUCUGUCUGACACCCUGCACUAUGAUGGUAAUAAAAACAAGGUGCACAGUUUAUGGACAGUGUCAGAUCUUGAUGUCGGCCCUGACUACAGCACUUCCUGGCAUUCUGCAAACUCUGAAAAGCAGUUUCUGGACUCUAAUGAUGGAAAUUGGCCGACACUUAAACAGAGUUCAACUCCCGUGGUAAAACCACCUCAAAUCUCCAAUGCAGACUGGAAGGAAUCAAGCAUGGAUACUGCUUUAAAACAAGGAACUGUAUCCAGUCAACCUUUGCCAUCUUCAGUAUUAGGAAGUACUGAUAAACUGGGCCUUGAUAUGGGGAAAGUGCCACCUACUAUCCCUGGUGUAAGUAAGCAGUUGCCUCAAAACUAUGGAACCUAUCCAAGCCCUGUUCCUUUAGGAACAGGUUCUACAAAUUCACUGGAAAGGCGGAAGGAUGGCAGCCUACCAAGACCUGGCUCCAGUAUAACAAAUCGGCAAAGACCUAUUCCAUUACCACCAUCGAGCAAUAUACAUCAGCCUAGUUCCUCACAGCAGAUACAACAGAGAAUUUCUGUACCUCCUAGCCCUACUUAUCAACCUUCUGGUCCCUCCUCAUUUCCUGGCGGAGAUGGCAGGCCUGAGCUCCCUUUAACUGUGGCUAUCAGGCCUUUUCUAGCUGAUAAAGGAUCAAGGCCUCAGUCUCCAAGAAAAGGACCUCAAACAGUGAACUCCAGUUCCAUCUACUCAAUGUAUCUUCAGCAAGCAACACCACCAAAGAACUAUCAACAGGCUGUAUACAAUACCCUAAAUAAAUCAGUAAAAGCAGUUUAUGGAAAACCUGUCCUACAGUCUGGAUCAACCUCUCCAUCACCUUUACCAUUCCUUCAUGGAUCUUUGCCCACCCACACAUCACAGCCACAGUCUCAGCCUCAGAUUGAGUUCACUGAAAAAGAUCAAGAGCUGGAAAACAUUCCACCAUCAGGUGAAAAUAGCAAUGUGGAAAACAUUCCUCGCCCUCUCAGUCCUACUAAGCUUACACCUAUUGUGCAUUCACCCCUACGAUAUCAAAGUGAUGCUGAUCUUGAAGCUCUUAGAAGAAAAUUAGCCAAUGCUCCUAGGCCAUUAAAGAAGCGUAGCUCUAUCACUGAACCUGAAGGGCCUAGUGGACCAAAUAUACAGAAGCUACUGUAUCAGCGCUUUAAUACACUUGCUGGAGGAAUAGAAAGUGCUCCUUUUUAUCAACCAAGCAACCCACAGGAAUUUAUAGGCAACUUAGCAGAUGUUGAUAAUGGAAACACUGGCACCAAUGGCAAUAUUGAAGAACCUAUUUCUGUGCAACCCACAGUUGCUCUUCCUGAUGAACCUCCUCCUUCAUCAGAUGCCAAUGAUAAUGAAUUACCUUCUCCUGCCACUGAGGAACUGAUUAGCACUGAAACCACUAACCAAACCUCUGAGACAACUGAAGACAAUAAUAACAAUCCUGCUGUAGUCCCUUCCACUGAGCAAUCACCCAGUCCCAUACCUGAGGUCAGCUCCCCAGUAGAAGAUGAAGUUUCGGUGCCACCAGCUGUUCCUCCUCCACUUCCUCCAACUAAACGUACCAACCUGAAGAAACCUAACUCUGAACGAACUGGUCACGGUUUGAGGGUAAAGUUCAACCCUUUAGCCCUCCUGCUUGAUGCUUCUUUGGAGGGAGAAUUUGAUCUGGUACAAAGGAUCAUUUAUGAGGUUGAUGAUCCCAGCAAACCGAAUGAUGAAGGAAUUACCCCUUUGCAUAAUGCAGUGUGUGCUGGUCAUCACCACAUUGUAAAGUUCCUGCUUGAUUUUGGUGUUAAUGUGAAUGCAGCAGACAGUGAUGGAUGGACGCCUUUGCAUUGUGCAGCUUCUUGCAAUAGUGUUCAUCUCUGUAAACUACUUGUAGAAUCCGGGGCAGCAAUUUUUGCUUCAACUAUAAGUGAUAUAGAAACUGCUGCGGACAAGUGUGAGGAGAUGGAGGAGGGUUAUAUUCAGUGUUCCCAGUUUCUGUACGGAGUACAGGAGAAGUUGGGAGUCAUGAACAAAGGAGUAGUGUAUGCUCUAUGGGAUUAUGAAGCCCAGAAUAAUGAUGAGUUGUCAUUCCAUGAAGGAGAUGCCAUUACUAUCCUGAGACGUAAGGAUGAUAAUGAAACAGAAUGGUGGUGGGCUCGACUCAAUGAUAAAGAAGGCUAUGUGCCUAAAAAUCUUUUGGGGCUAUAUCCAAGAAUAAAGCCUAGGCAGCGAACCCUUGCUUGAAUUCAGUUGUUUGGCAGUGCAAAACAUGGCUGGUAACUGGAAGCUUAAGCCCACACUGGAGUCAUCCUUUUCUAUCACAUUUCAACUGGAGAAAUAAAAUUAUAAUCUUUGUUUUUAA